CUGUCUGGCAUUUUCGAAAUUACCAUUCGAAGUCCAUUGCGAAACUUCCAUUUGCCCGAUUUGUGAAAUUGUUAGCAAGCGAAAGAACAUCAAAUAUUCGACGGCCACUAAUUUUUCGCGUGCGUGAAACGACGUGGAAUUUUUUAGUUCCUUAUUUUUUCGGAAUAUUUCGCCAGUGAGGGCAACAUUUAAGUAAAAAGUACCUGAUACUGAGCACACAAACGGAUUUUGUGGCCAAUAUUGGCCGGAAGGAUUAAAGUAAAAGCCGCGUGCAUCAGGCACUCUAGUUCCAACUGGAAGACGUUAGCGGCGGCGGGGGAUCGUAUAGAUAAGUCAUAUAUGUAGUUUCGGCUAAUCGUAGUAUACGAGGAGAGAGCAACUGCGCAAGAGGUGAAAUAUACGUUGAAGUGACGCAGCAUUAGAGAAAAUAGAAAAGACGUUGUAGAGGGAAACACAACUGAAGUUGCUAAAGCAAACGGAAGCUAAGAUAGAAAAAAGUAGCUUCGAAGAAUUUGUGGACAACAACAAACUGACAAGCAUAUAACUACAGUAGCCAAUUUUUGUAACGCUAACAACUUGUUUGGUGCACUUACUUUGGGAAUGUCAUCAAACCCACAAGCGCCUAUAUUACAAAUUUGUCAAGGUGGAUUUGGAAGCGCCUUAAGUGGGGCCUUAACAAACAAUAUUGGAACACAACAACAACUUAAGGAUUCGUUUCAAGACAACGAUUUCCCACAAUCGUUUGAAGAAAAAACUAUGAGCAAUAACAACAUUACGCCAGUUGGAGAAUCUGUUGGAGGUGGUAGCAACAAUUAUGUUAAUUUCACCCAAUUCAUAAUGCAGCAUAAUUUAUUGGGCAACAACAAUUCAUUUGGAUCUAAUGGAAGUGUAGGUGGUGGCGGCGGCGGCGUCGGCGGCGGUGACAUUAUGAUUAAUAAUAGUAGUGAAAAUGUUGGUGCAGUUGGCGGUGGAACACAUGCAGCUGUUGCACAAGUUAAUGCCAAUGGUAGUUCGAGGGGCGUGGGUGGAGGUCAUGGGUCUGAAGGUACCAAGAAUGAUUACUUCAAUUUCGUCGAUACAAUGAGUAAGAAAGUGCAGAACAAUUCUGCACGAGAUAAUAUACAAUUAGAAAAUGGACAACAAACGUCGAAUUUGUUUUCCAAUAGUCUGUUUUCGCCAUACAACAAUAGUUUAUAUGCUAAUAAUGGUCCUAGUGUUGGCGGCUACAAUAAUUCAUACAACAAUACAAAUACGAAUUUUAAUUACUUUGAUAAUGUUUAUACACCCUUUGGCAAUAAUGGUGGCUACUAUAUGAAUCCCUUUGCCACUGGCUUCGAUUUCACUUCGUCUAAUUUACAAGCUUCAGCACCAGAAUUUGUGCCACGAUUCGGUAAUCUUAGUUUGAAUGAGAAAAAAUUUGAAAAUACUGAAGUGAAUAACGUAAAUAAUGAUUCAACGGUAAAUAAUAUCAAUAAAAGUGAACAGAGCAAUGUCAACAAAGAACAACAUAUUGGUAACGAGGGAAAUGAUAAGAGAAUAUUGAAUGGCAUUGCUAACGGAGCAAUUACCGUCAAUAACGGUGAAACUAAUGGUGUUAUUAAUAAUAUUUCGUUAACCCAAGCAGCUGAUAAAACAACAACAAAUGUUGGUACGCCUACUUCCUCAAGUGCUGAACAACAUGAAGUGAGAAACGAGAGAAAUGAGAGAAAAGUUGCGCAAAUUGUAGAUUUUUCUGGAAAUAAAAGCCAAAAUAAUGGCACAAAUGUAAUUGCAAGCACUAAUGUCUUUGAUCUUGACUCAAAUGAAGCUUCAUCUACGAAUGGCGGCAGCGCCACACGUUAUACCGGCACAACUAAUAAACAAUAUACUAAUAACAACAAUGGCGGCUCAAGAGGUUCGUCAGCAAAUGGGUUUUCACGUAAUCGUAACGAUUACACUUCCUCACCACGCAAUCACGAACGAAGUAGUGGUGCUGGCGGUUCUGUCAACGCCAAGUCCAACAUGGAUGGCAUUGAUAAGUCGGAGAAACCAUCAGCACGUGCAGAGCGUGAACGUGAACGCGAUCGUGAUGCACGCCGAUAUCAAAGCGGGCGUCGCUCUGUCGAUUACCACCGUAGUAAUAAACGUCGCGAUGAUUGGAAUCGAAACCGUGAUCGUAUAAAUGGAUUUCGUGUCGAAGAGAAAUACUCAAACGAUAAUGGCAAGGAUAGUCCAUUACCAUCACCCGAAAAGAAACUUUCACCGAAAAAAGUCUACCCCGAGAAUGAAAAGUUGUCACAACGUGAAAAACUCAUACGCGACAUAGAGACGCGCCGCUUGGAGUGUCUAGUUUGUGUUGAGCUCAUCAAAGCUCACCAUGGUGUUUGGUCCUGUAACAAUUGUUAUCAUAUACUUCAUCUGCAGUGCAUCAUUAAAUGGGCUUCUUCAUCAAAAUCCGACGACGGUUGGCGUUGCCCUGCAUGUCAAAAUGUCGUUAAGGAUGUUCCACGCGACUACUACUGCUUCUGUGGUAAAGUAAAGAAUCCACCCUACACACGUCAUGACAUCGCACACUCUUGUGGCGACACCUGUGCGCGCGUCGAAGGCUGUGUACACGCUUGUACAUUGCUCUGUCAUCCUGGUCCAUGUCCACCUUGUCAGGCUUAUGUCAAACGCGAAUGUGGCUGCGGUAAGACAACAAAAACAAUGCAAUGCUGUGUGAAGGAAGCCAUUGAAUGCGACUCAACUUGUGGCAAGCUGUUGAAUUGUGAGCUGCACACAUGCCCUGCUAAAUGUCACGAUGGUAAGUGUGCACCAUGCGCUGAGAAAGUAGACCAACAGUGUCACUGCACUAAACAGGAACGGCAAGUGGCUUGCACACGCGAUUCGCACGACAAGCACAGUUAUUCAUGCGGCAAGCAGUGUGGCAAAGACUUGGCUUGUGGCAAUCACAAGUGCAAGGAUUGCUGCCAUCCAGGUGAAUGCCGCACGUGUAAGCUAAGUCCAGAAGUGGUCACCUCGUGCCCUUGCGGCAAAAUGCCAAUAGUUACGGGACAGAGAGAAUCAUGUUUGGAUCCUAUACCGGUAUGUGAGGGCAUUUGCAGCAAGACACUACGCUGUGGCAAGCCUGCACAUCCUCAUCACUGCACCAGCAAAUGCCAUUUGGGUAAUUGCCCACCUUGUAAUAAGCAGACCGCCGUAAAGUGCCGUUGCGGUCAUAUGGACCAAUUAAUCAAGUGCCGUCAACUGUCAACACGCGCCGAUGAUGCACGCUGCAAGAAGCGUUGUGUUAAAAAACGCUCAUGCGGCAAGCACAAGUGUAAUCAGGAAUGUUGUAUCGAUAUCGAUCAUAUUUGCCCAUUGCCUUGCAACUAUACACUCUCAUGCGGUAAACAUAAAUGCGAUCAACCCUGCCAUCGCGGUAAUUGUCCACCUUGUUAUCGCUCCUCCUUCGAGGAGCUCUAUUGUGAGUGCGGUGCCGAAGUUAUCUAUCCACCAGUGCCUUGUGGCACCAAGAGACCAGCUUGCAAACGCCCUUGCUCACGUACACAUCCCUGUCAACAUCCACCACAGCACAACUGUCACUCGGCGGCCAAUUGUCCGCCAUGCAUGAUGUUCACUACGAAAUGGUGUUUUGGUCAGCAUGAACAACGUAAAACCAUUCCAUGUUCACAGGAGAGUUUCAGUUGCGGCCUAGCAUGUGGCAAGCCUUUGUCGUGUGGCCGCCACAAGUGUAUCAAGACAUGUCAUGAGGGUGCAUGCCAGACGGCGGGUGAGGUGUGUAAACAAAACUGCACAAAUCUACGUGCCACUUGCGGCCACAAAUGUAUGUCACCAUGUCAUGAAGGCGAUUGCCCCGACACACCGUGCAAGGAGAUGGUCGAAGUUCAAUGUGAAUGUGGCAAUCGUAAGCAGAUGCGUUUAUGCCACGAUCUAGCACGUGAAUUCAGUCGCAUUGCCACUGCCCAACUAGCCUCAUCCAUGGCUGAAAUGCAACGUGGAAAUUACAUGGAACUAAGCGAAAUACUCGCUCCCGUUAAGAUUAAUAAGACAAAUAAAACUUUGGAUUGCAAUGAUGAAUGUCGUCUGCUCGAACGCAAUCGUCGCCUAGCUAUUGGUCUACAAAUCCGUAAUCCUGAUGUGCCGCAAAAACUACAAACCAAAUAUUCUGAUUUUAUACGCAAUUUCGCAAAACGCGACCCCACACUGGUCAAAUCUAUACAUGAUGCACUUACAAAUUUGGUAAAACUUGCUAAAGAGAGCAAACAAAAAUCCCGUAGUCACUCUUUUCCCACCAUGAAUCGUGAGAAGCGUCAGUUGGUGCAUGAGAUGUGUGAAAUGUUUGGAGUUGAAUCGGUUGCCUACGAUGCUGAACCCAAUCGCAAUGUGGUAGCUACUGCCUACAAGGAGAGGUCCUGGUUGCCAGCCACCAGCAUUAUGGAGGUUAUGCAACGUGAAUCCGGUCAACGUCGUGUACCGGUUCCGAGCAAUAAUGCCUGGGGCAUUAAAAGAUAGAAUUUUUCCUAUUAACAAAUGUGUAGUGAAUGCGUAUGCAACCAGCAUGUGUAAUGUGGUGUAAAUCUUUUGAAUGUAUGUUGAGUUACACUAAACAAAACACAAAAAUUGAAAAAAAAACAUCAAAAAAAAAAAAAAGAAA